AAUUAGCUUGACUAGUAAAUAGAUUUGACCGGAUAAAUAACCGGUUGAAACCGGUAACCUUUAACCGGUCUUCAUACUAUAAGAACACCUUAAACAAGUCGUCUCCUUCCACUUCUUGCUUUAUUCCUCUCAUACCGUUUUCUCUCUCUCCUCCGUCGUCUCUGCAGAAUCACUCUCUCGCCGGAGUUUUUCACCUGCAGAGCUCUCGAUUUUUUCUCUCGAGCAUCAUCAUUUUCGUCGGAUCAAUCACCAAGAGAUGGCGUCGAGAAACUCCGUCACCGGAUUCGCGUUGUUCAGUUUUGUAUUCGCCGUCAUCUUAUCUCUCGCCGGCGCUCAAUCCCUGGCUCCAGCUCCUGCUCCCACCAGCGAUGGAACAUCGAUAGAUCAAGGGAUAGCGUAUUUGCUAAUGGUGGUGGCGUUAGUGCUGACUUACCUAAUUCAUCCUCUUGAUGCUUCUUCUUCCUACUCCUUCUUCUAAUCUCUCUCUCUCUUUCUUCUGUUUUUUUUUAUUUCUUUGCAACUUCUUAUUAGUUUCUUCAAUUUGCCUUUUUUCUUCUUCUUGUGGAUAAAAUUUUCAAGAGUUAAUUUCAUCAUCAUGUUCUCGAUUAUGAUUUCUGGAGAUUGAUUGAUUGAUGAUAAUCUCUACUGUUUGUUCUUUUUUGUUUAUUCUCUUCCAUAUUAAAUUUAUUCUUCUUCCCUUAUAAUAUUUGUGUAAAUGUCAUCAUUUAGCUUAAAUUACCAGAUAUUUGACAAUUACCAACUUUAUUGGCCUCACAAAAGAAAUCUCUGACCAGUUCAGAAGCAGGAUAUGAAAGCCAGAAAAUUUGCUCAACUCUUUUGAAUUCGAUUCUCAAAGUCUUAUCUUCAGAUUACAAUUUCUCAUGAAAAAGUUUAUAAAUCACGGAAUUGUAUAUAUGCCAUUUCACAUGUCAUUUAUAAAUCAC